GAUUUCACCUGUUCCUCGUACGUUCCUCUGCAAGCUGCAAUCAAACUCAGAAGCUGAAAAUUUAAGAAGGGGUUUUAGGGUUCUAGUGGAAAUCAAGUAAAAGCUAUGAAGGAAAAGACAAACAGAAAGCGGAAGAGAGCCAAUCAUAGCAAAUCACAAAAUCAAUUUAACAGUGAAGCUGAACCCACAAAUUCUGCUUCUUCAAAGCGCCCAAAGUCAUCAUCAUCUUUCCUCGAAAAGAUGCGAGCAAGGUUAUCAGGGGGGCACUUCCGGAUGCUUAAUGAAAAGCUUUAUACUUGCACCGGAGACGAGGCACUUAACUAUUUCAAGGAUGACCCAUCUUUGUUUGACAUGUAUCAUGCAGGCUAUCAAGAACAAAUGUCACACUGGCCGGAGCAACCAGUAAACAUAAUCAUAAAUUGGCUAAAAAAUCGCAAUUCUUCUCUAGUAGUGGCGGAUUUUGGCUGUGGUGAUGCACGCCUUGCAAAAAAUGUGAAGAAUAAAGUUUACUCAUUUGAUCUUGUAUCCAGCGAUCCUUCAGUAAUUGCUUGUGACAUGUCAAAGACACCCCUUGAUGCUUCAUCUGUUGAUGUUGCUGUCUUCUGUCUUUCAUUGAUGGGCACUAACUUUCCAAGAUACCUUCAGGAAGCACACAGAGUUCUUAAGCCGAGCGGUUGGCUGUUGAUAGCAGAGGUGAAGAGUAGAUUUGAUCCAAGCACUGGAGGAGCAGACGCAAAUGAGUUCUCAAAAGCCGUAACUGAUCUUGGAUUUGCCUCAAUGCUCAAGGAUUUCUCGAAUAAAAUGUUUAUACUAUUAUACUUCCAAAAGUAGAAGAAGCAAGGUUCAAAGAAAAAGGAAAUCGAAUGGCCCGAGUUGAAACCUUGUCUGUAUAAGCGGCGCUGAGAUCAAAGGGGAAUGCUCUUGUUCUGAUGUCACAAGACAAUCCGAAGAUCCUUGGUUCUACAUACGUUUAGUAUUCUAUUUAUUCCUUUGGCCCCUGAUGUACUUGUUAUCAGAUAAUUCAGUUCUUUUAUAAUUUAGGCAGUCUCGUGGUACCUUACACCAUGUGAUGAUUUGAAAAAUAAUUUAUGUAUUUGUGAUUUUCCAUUAUAAGUUGAUCAUAAGACGACUGUAUAUAUUCAUUGCCA